AUGCUUGGGCUGAAAAUCGAGAAUGUGCGAGCAAUCGCUAAUACUGAAAUGACGCUUCGGGUGCCCGGCAUCGCCUUUGCCGAAUGGGGACCUGGGGAUCUCGGUAUGUCGUUUGGUUACAAGAACACUCCAAGUCCGCAUCCGCCCGAAAUGCUUGAGGCGAGAAACCGGGUAUAUACCGCGUGUAAGGAGGUGGGGGUCGCAUUCUUGGAAGGUGGUCCCGCAGAGACAAUCGGCGAACGAAUUGAUGGGGGCGUGAGGGUUAUGGGCGGAAGUCCUGAGAUAGCCGCUGCUGGAAGGGCUCAUAGCGGCAGGACCAUGCCUGUCUAA